AUGGCUGAUUCGGAGGCCAGACCGAUCUUUGGACCUGCGGGUAACAAGGUACAGAGAUUGGGGAGUGCACGAAAACUCAUGAUGAAGACACUGAGAAAUGAAGAGAAUUCGCUGGAGGAGGUUGCGGCAUUGGCAGAAGAGAGUAAUGGUCUUCCAUCACAUUCAGUUAGUAUUCCGUCGGCACCUAGUAGGCAAGAGCAUUUACUGUAUUCUAAUUUAUCACUCAAUGCUUCGUGUUUGUCUGAUGCAUUUUCGGAUUCGUUUCAUAGUCGUGCAUCAACUGGUAGGAUAUAUAGGAGAAAUAGUAUGCCCGUCCGUAGGAAGCAAUUGGCCAUGAAGUCAAAAAUUAGUGUAUCUGAUGCCAUUUCAGAGGCUCAACCUGGCAGCUUGCAACCCAAGAAAAGGUGUGCCUGGGUGACACCAAAUACUGGUCUUUCUUUUUAA